CGUUCAGCUGUCAUUUCAUUUCACCCCUGUGGUCUGUCCCGGUGGGCUGUCUCCUCUGACACUAUGGCGUUAAUCACAGGAGUGCUUGCCUUCUUGUAUCAUCUACCGCAGAUCUACAAAUGGCUGCUGAAACCUUACUACAUCGUGUCGUUCCUUUUGACCGUCGCCUUCUUGGUGGUCAGGAAGGCUCCAGGGUUGUGUGAACACCUGGCGACCGACCGGGAGGACGGCAACUCCUGCGACUUCGACUGGAGAGAAGUGGAGAUCCUCAUGUUUCUGAGUGCUAUUGUGAUGAUGAAGAAUAGAAGAGCCAUAACACUGGAGCAGCACAUAGGCAACUUGUUCAUGUUCAGCAAAGUGGCCAAUGUGAUCCUCUUCUUCAGGCUGGACAUUCGGCUUGGCAUUCUCUACCUUGCACUGUGUUUAGCGUUUGUCAUGACGUGCAAGCCUCCUCUCUACAUGGGCCCAGAGUACAUAAAGUACUUCAGUGACAAAACCAUAGAUGAGGAGCUGCAGAAGGACGGUCGCGUCACCUGGAUUGUUGAGUUUUACGCCAACUGGUCGUCAGACUGCCAGUCCUUCGCUCCCAUCUUUGCCAACCUUUCUCUUAAAUACAACUGCGCUGGACUCAGGUUUGGAAAGGUGGACAUUGGUCGUUAUGGAGAGGUUUCACAAAGGUACAAGGUGAGCACAUCUCCUCUGGCUAAGCAGCUGCCAUCACUGGUGCUUUUCCAAGGAGGACGGGAAGUUAUGAGACGUCCAAUGGUGGACAACAAAGGGAGAGCUGUGUCUUGGACCUUUAAUGAGGAAAAUAUUAUUCGAGAGUUCAACCUGAAUGAGCUUUUCCAAAAGUCCAAGAAGCUGAACAAGAAGCAGAACGGUUUUCAGACAGAAGAUGGCAGCGAAGAGCUUCAACAAGAAACCAAUGAAAAGUCAGCAGAAAGCAAGAAAGACCAAUGAAGAAAUACAGAAUGUAACAGGAUCUGUUAAGGUUUGUUUUUUCUGGUGUUACAUUUUGGUUGAAUUUUACAAAAAAUAAAAAAAUAGAAUGGA